GAUAGGACCAAAUUACCUCAGGACCUUUAAACAAAAGAAAGGAAUCCAUCUCCCAAUGCAAUUCCAAGCUUGCCAUGACUGCCCUUAAUAAGAAGUCAGAGUUGCCCGCCAACCUGAGGACAAGCUUCCAGAAAGAGACCCCCUAUUCUCCUAGCCAUCGAUACUGCCAUUUCACAUCUUUGAACACGUCUCUAGGUCAUGUGUUGAAUCAGAUUCAAGCUACAGAGAAACUCAGAUGGCCAAAGAAGCUCAAAGGAAAUCGUAAGAAGCGUGAUCAGACGAAGUUUUGUGCCUUCCACUAAAGCAGAGGCCAUCUGUUAGAUGAUUGUCGAGAACUCCGUCACAAGAUUUGAAUGACUCAUUCGCAACGGUCAGCUUCAAGAGUUUGUGUAGAGCCGAACCAAACUCAACCAAGAAGGUCUCUAGAGCCUCAACCACAUGGUGACCACCAAAAAACUAGAGGGACUGUCAACUAAUGGCGCUCCAACCAUCACAUCAUAGUUAAACUUGCUUUGCUGCAUUUUCCUUUUGU